CGGUCAGGAAUCAAGAGCAUCGACCUAGGCUUCUGCGAGAUAGGGAAGGCGGGAUGCGAGUGUAUAGCCGAGGCUCUGACCUCUCUCCCGUCUUUGUCCUCCCUGGACCUUGUGGGGAACAGGAUCGGAGCGUACGGCGCUGAAGCUCUUGCCAAAGUUUUCUUGGAGUCCCGACACUCCAACACGUCCCUAACGUCGCUCAAUCUGCGGGACAACCACCUGGGAGACCAGGGGGCCAUCCAGAUAUCCAAGAUCCUCUACGUGAACACGAGCCUGAGGAGCUUGAACCUCAGCGAUAAUGAGAUCCUGCUGGAGGGAGCUCAGUCGAUCGCAAAGGGAAUCGAGUUCCAGCAUGAGAAUCAGGGCGUUGAGAGGUUGUUCUUGAGCUGCAACAACAUCAAGUACCAGGGCUGUAGGAUGUUGUGCAAUGCCCUCUGCAGAAACAAGACGGUGAGGACGUUGGACCUGUCGUCCAACCAUGUUGGAGACCUCGGAGCCAGGUCGAUAGCCGACAUGAUGUCUAUGAAUGCGUUCCUAACCUCGCUCGACAUCUCAAACAACGACUUUCAAGGUGCUGGGCUGACGCAGAUAUCAAAGUCCCUCAACGUGAACAAGACGAUGACUUUCCUUGACAUCUCCAACAACAACCUU